AUGAAGAGAAUCGUAACAGUGAUAGGAAAUAAAAGAUCCUUCAGCGAAGAGGGUCAUGAUUCAUUGAGAUCAAAGAGACUGCGCAUGUCUGUUGAAGGACAAGGAUUCAUCGAAAGAAAUGAGGGUGGAACAUGGCAGUCACGUGGGUUUUCCCAGGAGAGAAGACGAGAAAUUGAUAGAAAUGGAAGAGAAAGUCAUGGGGAGGCUGGACUUCAACAAAAAAGAGAUCCUGAGCCUCUCAAUUACAUGGCAUUGGAUAAAAUCUGCAAUUCAAACUCUCCUGAUGAAGGCAUAUUGGAUCUCUUCAACAAUUCUAAACGAUUUGAGGCUCUGCUAAAGACAGAAACAAUACGACCCGAUCUGAUGAAGCUUGUUAUUCGAGCCAUACACGUGUGCUGCUCACCAAAUGAUAAGAAAGAGAUUGCUAACAAAAUGCUACGUAUGGUAAUUAAAACAAAUUUCCUGCAAUUGCAUCUUACUAAGUUUAUCAGCCAAAUGUCCGACGUCUCAGAGCUUGGUGACAAUCGCCAGCUUGAUAAACUGGUCUUGCUGUUAGCAGAGGUUUUCCUGGAGUUGUUGCAGAGAUUUGAACAGAACAUUAUUCACCUCGUUCCCAGUGCCCAAUUGAAUGAGACGGUGGGAGAUCUGAAGAGUAAGGGUCUCCUUGAAGACGCAGAGACGUUGGAGAAGAAGCUUCAACAGGUCAAGGAGUACAAAGAUGAAAUAAAUCGCCGGAAAACAACUCACCCAGACGAGUCUCAGCUAACUCCACCCGAGGAUUUUCGCAAUAUGAGCGUGAUCCCAGGAGUAGCUGAUUUAGAACCCCAUAACAAGCCGUUUCUUCGUAAAAACGUUGUUGAUGGAAGGUACUUAAACCAGGAGCACUAUUUAGACGUGCAAUUUCGACUUUUAAGAGAAGACUUCAUCUUACCUCUUCGCAAUGGAAUAAAACAGCUUAAACGGGACCGCAGUCCCACGGCAGCAAAUGACCCAAGCCACGACAAACGUACGCGAGACGUUCCUGUGUACCGCGACGUCACAAUCUUAUACCCCGUAUGUAGUGGAAAGGGAAUGGUUUACAGAAUCCGGUUCGACUCGUUUCACCCGGAUGUACGUCGCGUGAAAUGGGAGAAGAAGAGCAAGCUUUUUAAGUUUGGCUCCCUCCUUUGCCUUUCAGCCGAUGGAUUUCGCAAUCUUUUAUUUGCGACCGUGGAGAAUCGAGAUUCACGCGACCUUUGUGUUGGCGAGCUUGAAGUGCGAUUUGAAAAAGCUAAUCUUGAAAUCCUGAAUCAAUUCAUCGAAGAUAAAAAGAAAUUUGAUAUGGUAGAAUCCCCUGCGUUCUUCGAAGCCUACAGACACGUUUUAGAAGGCUUGCAAGGAAUUAAGGACGGUGAACUUCCGUUUGCAGAGCAUAUCGUUCAAUGCAACCAAGAUGUGAAGCCACCUGCUUACGAAAACAAAACCAGUGGUUUUUUCGACAUGAGUGGAAUAAUAGAAAAGGGAGUGGACUUGACAAUAUCCCAAGCAAGUAACACCAUGGAAAGCAUGGAAACUGAGUCAGUUUCCUGGGAAGACAAUGUCAUCUCCGAUUAUCGUGAAUUAGUAAAUCGUGAUUGGGAGUCGAAUACCGAAGAUGCCGAGUGGAGUACGCCUGAUCUUGAGUUGCUGUCCGAAGAAAAUUCAGCUAGUUCGGGCCGCGAUUUCGACUACGUUACCCCAGAUGAGCUUUUAAUUGAUGAUAACGAAGGUUCCAGUGAAGGAACUCCAGCAGACGACCGACCUGCUGGUGUCUUGAAUAUCUACGACUUGGAACUUAAUCCAGAAGACCUGGGCUUUAAUAGGUCGCAGAUGAGCGCGUUCAAAAUGGCACUGACCAAAAAUUUUGCGGUCAUACAAGGCCCACCAGGUACUGGGAAGACGUACGUUGGUCAGAAGAUAGCGCGUGUUUUGCUACAAAGCGGCACCCUGCGGCAGAACGAAAAUGAACCGUCGCCAAUUUUGAUGGUGUCUUACACGAAUCACGCCUUGGACGAUUUCUUGAGUGGUCUUCCGAGAGAAGGUAUCGUGCGUGUUGGUGGACGCAGCAGUAAAACGUUGAAAGACUGCACCCUGAGGGACCGGCGCGAGCAAGCGGCUUCCAACAAGCUUACUCCAUUAGAAAUAUACAGGGCAAGAAAAAACGCUCAAUGGGAGAUCAAAGAGCUAAACAAAGAUGGAUCCCUGGAUCUCUGUGUUGCUGUCCUGAAGUACUCCAGAAGGAAGAUUCUGGCCUUUCGCAUACUGGAGAAGUUCAUGUCACCUCGUCAUGCCAAGUGGUUUACAGAGUCGCAAGAAAACAAGGAUUCACUGUUGUGUAAAUGGUUAGACUUGCAGUACGAAAUCAAGCGGAAGGGUUCCAAGAGCAAUGGACAUGAUAUGGACAGGUACAAAGAUUUUCAUCUGCGGGAGUCAGCUCGGAAUUUCUCGAACGAAGAGGAUUACGAAGACAUCGAGGAAGACGAAGAGGUGAAGCCAUCAGAGGCGACUAUCAGCACAACUGAAGACACUACUGCACCGCUUCAACUUCGCAGAGAACUUCUAAGGGAAGAAGCCAUGAGUGAACGCGAAGAGAGAAAUAGUCAGUACGACCUCUUAGGAUUUUUGCGAUUUCAACGAUGGAACCUGUACAGGUCGUGGCUUCAAAAAGCAGAGAAAUACUACAUGGAGAAACUUCAGAGCAAACAGCCAGAUUACGAAAGAGCAUUGGCGCGUAAGUUUGAAGUGAUGCUCGAGGAAGACUUUCAUAUUCUUCAAAAUGCGAAGAUCAUUGGAAUGACUACUACUUGUGCCGCCAAAUACCGCCGCACACUUCAGCGGAUUCGUCCUAAAAUUGUAAUUGUUGAGGAAGCUGCUGAAGUACUGGAGGCCCACACAAUUACGUCACUGACCAAGGACUGUCAGCAUUUGAUUUUGAUUGGUGAUCACAAGCAACUCAGACCUAAGCCGGAAGUUUACGAAUCAGCCAAGAAGUACCAUCUGGAUGUGUCCCUGUUUGAGCGAAUGGUGAAUGUGGGUCUUCAGUGUGAAACCCUCAACGUACAGCAUCGUAUGAGACCUGAAAUUGCCGGCUUGAUGAAACAUAUCUAUGACGAUCUCGAGAAUCACGAGUCGGUAGAGAAAUAUGAAGACAUCAAAGGAAUCAAGAAGAACAUGUUCUUCAUCAACCACAGUCAUUUGGAGAAUCCUUGUGAAGAUUCCCACAGUCACGUGAAUGACUACGAGGUUAAGUUUGUGGUGGCCUUGUGUCGUUAUCUGUUACAGCAAGGUUAUGAAGCCCAUCAAAUUACCCUUUUGACAACAUAUACGGGACAAAUGUUUGCCAUCAGAGACUGCCUUCAAGAAAAAGAAAUUGAAGAGCUCAACCAAGUGCGCCUGACAACAGUCGACAACUUUCAAGGUGAAGAAAACGACGUCAUUCUUCUCUCGCUCGUGCGGAGCAACAAAGAUGACCAGGCUGGCUUCAUCAAGAUGGAAAACCGUGCAUGCGUGGCGCUCUCUCGUGCUAGAAAAGGCUUUUACUGUAUUGCAAACUUCACCCUUCUCUGCAAACACAGUGAAGUCUGGAGCAAGAUUAUUGAGGAUUUGAAAGCGAGUGAUAGCUUUGGCGCGUCCUUACCCCUUAUCUGUCAAAGCCACAAUGAAGAGAUCACAGCAGAAACAGCCGAAGAUUUCGAAGAGAAAUCUCCUAACGGGGGAUGUCAGCGUCCUUGCGAAGUGCGCCUGGAUUGCGGUCAUGCCUGCAAACGAUCAUGUCACCCAUAUGAUGUCGAUCACUUGGAGUAUCAGUGUGGAGAGCUGUGCGUCAAGAAAAUCGUUGGCUGUGACCACACGUGUUCAAAGGUUUGCUGGCAGAAAUGUGACACAUUCUGUCAAAAGGUGGUUGAGAAGACUCUGCCUUCCUGUGGGCAUAAGACAACAGUGAGAUGUGGCAAGGAUUUGAACAAGGUCCAGUGCAAAGAACAAUGCGAAAAAAUUCUACCCUGUUCCCACCGCUGUCAGAGCCACUGUGGUCAACCUUGCACAAGAAACUGCCAAGAGCUCGUCAAGAGAACAUAUUGGCCAUGUGGACAUGAAGUCAGUAUUGCUUGCUCGGCAACACCGGCAGAUUGCACAACCCGUUGUCAGGACGUUUUGGAAUGCGGCCACCAGUGCCCUGGAACCUGUGGCCAGUGUCGCAUGGGUCGAGUUCACGUGCGUUGCAAGAACAGGUACAAGCAAGUACUGGUUUGUUCUCAUGAGUACACGUCAUCAUGCACAAAAUCCUGCCCGCCAUGUACGUUGCCGUGCGAAAACCGAUGCAGUCAUUCGGCUUGCAAAAUGCGCCUUUGUGGGGAGGCGUGCAGUUAUUGCACCCAUAAGUGCGAUUGGAAUUGUCCCCAUUUUAGAUGUAACAAGUUAUGUGGUGAAUUGUGCGAUCGCCCAAGAUGUAAUCAGCCCUGCAAAAAGUUCCUCAAGUGCGGAGGUGGGACUCAUCGCUGCCGAGGCUUGUGCGGAGAGAAGUGCAUUUGUGCCGUGUGUGACAAAAACAAUGGCCGCUCAAUCACCGAAAUAUUUCUCGGUGGAGAGGACGAAAAAGGUGCACGUUUCAUUCAGCUUCCGGACUGCGAACAUAUCUUCGCAGUAGAAGAUCUUGAUCGCUACAUGGAUACGUCCCAUCUCGACGAAGAGAGCUGUGAUGUGAUUCAACUGAAAACCUGUCCUCUAUGUAAGAGGGGGAUCCGUAAGAGCCUGCGAUACGGUAAUAUUAUUAAACAGCAGUUGCUUGACAUUGAAAAAGUCAAGGCCAAGGUCAACGGGAAACCAGUUGAGAUUGAGGUUGCAAAGAAAGACUUGGAAACAAGUUUGAGAGCUUUGAAGCCGACACUUGAGUCGGAAGAUGAAGAGAGAGACUGGGACAUACUAAUGAAACGUGUGACCAAAUUGUCGAACAUGUUUAUGGCCACUGUCACCAAAAACCAGGUGAUGCUGAUGAAGAGAUUUGCCGAGAUAAACCGGAAGCUGAAGCAUGGACUAUUUAUGAAGACCCAGAGCCAAAUGAACGACGAAAGUCGUGUGGAAGGGUUCUCUUUGCAAGAGGAUCUGAAGUAUUUGCAGAAACGUGCAAAGUCAGGGGAAGUCACGGAGCGAGAGCUGCAUGACAUAAACCUGGAAUGUACCAGGGUUAAUCUGCGAUUGGAGCUGUGUCUGCUAAAACACGACAUCGCAAGCGGCAACUUGACUCCGGAGGAAUCGCAUGGUCAGAUGAUGAGAGAUGUUCGCGAUGAGUUAUCCAGCGGUAAACUAAUUCAAACUGAGAGAUUAGACGAGCUGUUAGAUAUGCUGUCGGGAAUCAGAAAAGCGUACCCAUGUCUGUUACCGUUGACGCCAGAAGAAAAACAACAGAUCGUGACGGCCAUGGGCCUCAAAAAAGGUCAUUGGUACAAAUGUCCCCAGGGACAUAUCUAUGCCAUUACUGAGUGUGGCGGCGCUAUGGAGAAAAGCACGUGUCCUGAUUGCGGAGCUGUGAUUGGUGGAGAAAAUCACCGACUAGUAGAAGACAACCAAGUGGCGACUGAGAUGGAUGGUGCGAGAUACCCUGCCUGGUCCGAACAGGCGAACAUGGAAAAUUACAUGAUCAUGGAUGAGGCGUAAAAAGGUUUAAAACUGAGUUUUUAACGUAAUCAAAACCUCACUGACUAUACUUUCAGUAGACUCCUUGGACAGUGUAGCAUGAGCGGCAGAGCUAAACCAAUUAGGAUUUUUUCUCUCGCGUACCGCGUGCUUAGCAAAGGCUGAGCGGAAUAGAGUUUUACUUCGAUUUGCAUGCAAUAGUGUCAGCUUGUUAAUUGUACGUUCAAUAGAAAAUUUAGGUGGUGUGCCAUGAGAGGCAAAGUUUAACUAUCGUGAUUUGUUCUUUCGCGUAUCGCUGGCUUAGCGAAGGAUAAGCGGAAUUAAUGUUUACGCCGAUUUGAUUGCAUAGCGUCAACUUAAGGUGCGAGGCUAAUGAAUUUGAACUAAGACUUGUUUAUUUGGAGUCAAGUUUCAUUAGAAAUGUAUCUUUUUCAGGAAA